AUGAAUAUGCACCGGCACCGUCCUGCCCAGGGAUUGACGUUGUUAUGGCCGGUCUCUAUGUGGAUUUUCUGCCAUGUCAACUGCGUGCAUGGAGCUUUGCCAACAACCCAGAAGUGUGAUGAAGCUCUUGCCUCGCCUCUGCCUCACACAGCCUUCACCAGCUCAUCUGUCUUCUCCAAUGGAUAUGCACCUGGAUAUGCCAAACUCAACAGGAGAGGAGGUGCCGGUGGAUGGUCUCCUCUUGACAGCGAUCAUUACCAGUGGCUACAGGUAGACCUGGGUACCAGAAAGCAGGUGAGCGCCAUAGCAACACAGGGUCGCUACAGCAGCUCUGAUUGGACGACACGGUACCGUCUUCUCUACAGCGACACAGGAAGGAACUGGAAACCAUAUCACCAGGAUGGCAACAUUUGGGCCUUCUCUGGGAACUCGAACUCGGAGAGCUCGGUUCGCCAUGAGCUGCAGCAGGGAAUCGUGGCUCGCUUCCUGAAGCUCGUCCCGCUGGAUUGGAGCGAAGAGGGACGGAUUGGUCUGCGCAUAGAAGUCUAUGGCUGCUCGUACUGGGCGGAUGUGAUCAAUUUUGAUGGACAGGGUGUAAUCUCAUAUCGUUUUAAGGUGAAGAAGAUGAAGAUCAUUAAGGAUGUGAUAGCACUGAGGUUCAAGACAUCAGAAAGCGAGGGUGUAAUCCUCCAUGGGGAGGGCCAGCAGGGAGACUACAUCACCCUGGAGCUUCGCAAGGCCAAGCUGCUGCUGCAGAUAAACCUAGGAAGUAACCAGUAUGGUUCUAUCUUGGGUCAUACCUCUGUGACCACUGGCAGCCUCUUGGAUGACAAUCACUGGCACUCAGUGGUGAUUGAACGUUACCGUCGUAAUGUUAACUUCACCUUGGACAGACACACUCAGCACUUCAGGACCAAUGGAGAGUUUGACCACCUCGAUUUGGACUAUGAGUUGAGUUUUGGCGGUAUGCCAUACAGUGGGAAACCAGUGGGAGGAGGGAGAAAGAACUUUAAAGGCUGCAUGGAGAGCAUCAACUACAAUGGAGACAACAUUACAGACCUGGCCCGCCGAAAGAAGCUAGACACCUCCAGCUUUCGUAACCUGUCGUUCUCCUGUGUGGAGACCCACACCUUCCCCGUCUUUUUCAAUGCGACCAGCUUCCUGCAGCUGCCAGGACGGGCCAAUCACAAUACAGUAUCUGUGGGCUUUCAGUUUCGUACGUGGAACCCUGAUGGGCUCCUCCUCUUCAGCAAUGUUGACAAUGGCACGCUGGAGAUAUCACUCAAAGAUGGCAAAGUUCUAGUUCAUAUCAAUGUGACGAUGGCAAACAGAAACAACCGGGUCGACUUAUCAUCAGGCUCGGGCCUUAAUGACGGCCAGUGGCACGCAAUACGUUUGGUCGCCAAGGAGAACUUCGCCAUGUUGACGAUAGACGGUGAGGAGGCAUCUGCUGUGCGUUCCACUUCACCCCUCACCAUCACCACAGGAGGAACCUAUCACUUGGGAGGAUAUUUUCUCCAGACGUUGUUCCCACCCUCCCAGCGCUCCUUCCAGGGCUGCAUGCAAGCAAUCCUGGUGGAUGACCAACCAGCUGAUUUACAUGCAGUGGAAAAAGGCACUUUGGGAGCUUUUGAGAAUGUCAGCCUGGACAUGUGUGCAAUCAUAGACAGGUGUAUGCCUAAUCACUGUGAACAUGGCGGUCGGUGUAAACAGACGUGGGACAGUUUUAGCUGUACCUGCGAUGGAACAGGAUACACUGGCGCCACCUGCCAUACUUCUAUCUACGAGCCAUCAUGUGAGGCCUAUAAGCAUUUGGGUAAAUCCGCUGACACCUACUGGAUUGACCCUGAUGGCAGUGGACCCCUUGACCCCUUCAAAGUCAACUGCAACAUGACAGUGGACAAAGUGUGGACAACAGUUAUGAACAACCUACCACCCAACACUACAGUGACUGGCUCGAGUAGAGAGAGACGCACCGUACUCCAGGUCAACUACAGUGCCUCUAUGGACCAGGUGACAGCCAUCACCACCAGUGCAGAAUACUGUGAGCAGCAAAUCGCCUACAGAUGUAGCAUGUCCAGACUGCUCAACACUCCAGAUGGGACCCCCUACACGUGGUGGGUGGGCCGGGGCAGCGAGAAGCAUUUCUACUGGGGGGGCUCAGGACCUGGCAUACAGAAAUGUGCCUGUGGCAUCGACAGGAACUGCUCUGAUCCCAAAUACGACUGCAACUGUGACGCAGACAGCGCAUACUGGAGAGAAGAUUCAGGUCUCUUGUUGUAUAAGGAACACCUGCCAGUCAGCCAGGUUGCCGUGGGUGACACCAACAGACCAGGCUCUCAGGCCAAGCUGACAGUUGGACCGCUUCGCUGCCAGGGAGAUAUUAACUACUGGAAUGCUGCGUCAUUCACCACUCCGUCAUCCUACCUGCACUUUUCCACCUUCCAGGGUGAGACCAGCGCUGACAUCUCCUUCUAUUUCAAGACCAGCGCGCCCUACGGUGUCUUUCUGGAAAACCUAGGCAACACUGACUUCAUCCGCUUGGAGCUCAAAUCUCCUACAGUUGUCUCCUUCUCCUUCGACGUUGGAAACGGACCUGUGGAGCUAACAGUGCAUUCAACCACACCUCUCAAUGAUGACCAGUGGCACCGUGUGAUGGCUGAGAGAAACGUUAAAGAGGCCGUCCUUCAGUUGGAUCAGACCUAUCGGGCAUCUCAGCUUGCCCCUGCACAGGGCCACACACGGCUAGAGCUCUUCAGCCAGCUCUACGUGGGUACUGCAGGCGGCCAAAGGGGGUUCCUCGGCUGCAUGCGAGCCCUGCGGAUGAACGGCAUCACCCUGGACUUAGAAGAGAGAGCCAAGGUCACACCUGGGGUCAAGCCUGGUUGCCAAGGCCACUGUACCAGUUACGGGAUGUACUGUCGCAAUGGAGGAAAGUGUGUGGAGAGGUACAACGGGUACUCAUGUGACUGCACCAACACCGCCUAUGAUGGUCCAUUCUGCACCAGAGAUGUUGGUGGUUUCUUUGAGGUGGGAACAUUGAUCAAGUACAACUUAAUGGCCGAAGCAACUGCAGGAGCCAGCAAGGACGCAAAGAUGCUAAUGCACCAGUUGACACCACAGGAUGUAAAUUUAACACGAGAGGAAGUGGCCUUUAGUUUCAGCACAUCAAAUGCUCCAGCUAUCCUGAUGUAUGUCAGCUCCAGGACGCAGGACUACAUGGCGGUGGUGUUAAGACACAACGGUUCACUGCAGGUGCGGUAUAACCUGGGAGGUCUGAAGGAGCCAUUUGCCAUAGAUGUGGACCAGCGUAACCUGGCCAACGGACAGCCACAUAGCAUCAAUAUGUCCCGUGUCGACAGAAGCAUCACCAUUCAGUUGGAUCAUUACCCUCCAGUCAGCUACACCCUCCCAGAUGCCUCAGACACAAAGUUCAACCUGGUCAAGACGCUGUUCUUAGGCAAAGUCUUUGAAACUGGGCAGGUAGACCCAGUGGUCAUAGAGAACAAUACCCCAGGCUUCGUCGGGUGCCUGUCACGGGUGCAGUUUAACGGAGUUGCCCCCCUGAAGUCUGCACUAAGAACUGCUGCACAGGCACAAGGCACACCAGCAGCCGGUCAGCCAGACAGACAGCCUGCAGCCACAUUGCCGGUGUCUUACCAGGGUAAACUGGUAGAGUCCAACUGCGGGGCAUCACCUCUCACCAUCCCACCAAUGUCUGCCGCAACAGAUCCCUGGCAUCUGGACAACACAGAUGCAGAGUUCCCCUUCAAUGAGGAGAGAGUGAUUCCUGAUGGAGUCAACAGGGACUCAGCCAUCAUUGGAGGUAUCAUUGCAGUGGUGAUUUUCACCAUCUUAUGUACUCUGGUGUUCCUGAUCCGCUACAUGUUCCGUCACAAAGGCACCUACCACACCAAUGAGGCCAAGGGCAGCGGGGAGUCUGCUGGAGAAUCGGCGGACACAGCCAUCAUCGGCACGGACAACCCAGAAACCAUUGAUGAAUCAAAGAAGGAAUGGUUCAUCUAA